AUGAAAUAUAUUUGUGAUUUCAAUGAAUGCCACAAAAGUUUUAGUAGAAAAGACCGAUUAUUUCUACACAAACGUUGUGUUCAUUUAAAUGAAAGGAAAUUCAAAUGUAAUGAAGAAAAUUGUGGCAAAAAAUUUCGUUCAAAACCUAAUCUAAUACAACACAAACGCAUUCAUUCGGAAGAAAAGCCAUUUGUUUGUCAUUUUAAUAAUUGUAACAAAAGAUUUAAACAAAACUCUAUUCUUAUAUCUCACAUGAAAAGACAUAUAAAUAUAAAAAGUCAUAAAUGUAUUCAUAAUAACUGUAAUCAACGCUUUUUUACGAAAGGGGAAUUGAGACAACAUUUAAAUUACAAACACGUCGGA